AUGUUGCUCAUCAAGAUAAUCCUAUUAGGAUUAUACAUUCAGUUAGCACAUGCUGAUUCAUCUUCAUGUUUGAACGGAGGUGUCUCAGGCACAGAUGGAUGUGAAUGUCUACCAUAUUGGAAAGGAAGUACAUGUGGACAGAUCCUCUGUACCAAUGGUGGAUAUACAGAUUCAUUGAAUAGGUACUGUAUAUGUCCCAGCGGAUAUUUUGGAUUACAUUGUGAAGCUGCUACUCAGACGAAGCCUGCUACUAAAACUUUUCAGUUGAAGGAUCCAAGCUUGAAUCUUAUAUACUACAAUCUGUUCUCUGAUUACUAUGGAAAGAAUGCUUAUAGCAUCUUCCAGAAGGCUGUUAACAAUCAUGUCGCAGCAAACAGUCAAUAUUAUAAAAAUGUAAACAUCUAUCGUAUAGCUGAUCUCACCAGUUACCCACAGAAUUGUAAUCAUGACGAUAACACAUGCGACUAUGGUCCUGAUGGAGAGUUCAUGGAGUUUCAAACUCCAUCAGUUGGAAACAUCAAUUUCCAAGAAGUUGUUUUUCCAAAAAGUUAUUGGUGCUACUAUGUUCCUAUGUAUGAAUACAUAUUGAAAAUGAUUCAAAAAGGAGGUUUGGAAGAUACUACAAUCAACAUACUGACACAGCAUCCACCUCUUCCUGAUGAUGACGGUUUGAACGCAUUAGUGCAAGCUGCUAUUGGUUUCCGUAUAAGAAUCAACAUCUUGUUCUCGGAUGACCAAACCUUUAUUCGUUGUACUCCUGAUCAGAUCAACAGCUUACGUCAGCUCUCAUCCAGAACUGGUGGUAUUUUCACAGAUGUUCCUUCUGGCUCUAUGUAUAACGAAACUAAUACGAUCAUCAAUACUAUUCUCACAACGAACAUCUACUAUGAUGUCAUUGAUGUUGCAGUUGGAGUGAAUGACAUAACCUUCUCUGCAGAUCCACUCAUUAACAAUUAUUAUGUUGUUUUGAGCAAUGGAGUUGUAAGUGAUGACUCAGGAUGCUUGGGAAUCACCAAUGGUCCGGACAGUAAUGAACAUGCUGUUUAUCAAUUAUUUAACGCUGCUAUUCAUCCAUGCUCACUAAAGUUCAAACAAAAUUCUGAUGCAAAGAUAGUUGUCAAGAUAUUCGUUGCUGGUAAUGAAAAGACGUUCAGAUCGUUCUAUUCAUUCGUUGAAGAUGCAUUGAUGGAUACAUCCAAGACAAUGCCGUAUGACGAAAUACAAUACAACUUGGCCUUACGUUUCAAUUACGAUUCCCCGCUGAUUAAAUCAUUGAGCAUCGCGCAAGCUUCUUUCAUUGACCAACAAGCCAAUACUGGCAUUCCCAUCGUGAGUGGCUCAGAUGAUCUAGUUACACGUCAAGAUUAUUCUCUGGAUAACUUCAUAAAGCGAGGAUUUACAUGUCUAUCUAGCAGUGCAGAUGAUAUUUUCGGAAUAAGGCUGACUCUUCGUCCACAGUUCACUGCUUCUCAACCGCCACUACUGAUGAAACGUUACAUUCCAAUUCACUGCUUGACUCUUCCUCCGCCUGUAACGACCACUGUAACCCAAAAUACUGUAUCAACAACUGUAAUGACCACCAAAUUGACUACUGUAUCGACAACAGUUACAAAAAUUCCAACUUCUGCUAGCACUACUGUCCCUUCGUCAACCCCUGCUCCCACCACCGUCACGUCUGCUCCUCUUCCAAAACCUAAGAAAACAUACAUUCUGGGAUACACUAGCUCAGUUGAUGAAUCAGCUUACGAAACCUUCUUACUUGCCUCAACUGCUAAGACCACAGGAAAUCUUUAUCAGCAUUAUACAGAUUUCGGAGAAGUCUUAUUCCAAGACAAGAAAUUCAAAAUAGAUACAGGAUAUGUAUCUCAAACUGAUUAUCCAUCAUUCAUCCAAGCUGUAUACAACGAUCAAAAGAAGAAUCUAGAUAAUGUUUAUUACGAUCAGCCUCAAAUUCUUGAAGCCCUACAAAGUAUUAUGCAGUCGUCAAACGCUCCAGAUCAGAAUUCUCUCGUUUCUUUCUUAACUGAUACACUUCCACUUCAAAAAGCUCCCUUCGCUGAUGCUGAUAUUGCUGUGUAUAAAGAUUUCAUCAACAAAAACAACAAAGUACUCUUCUGGAUUGAUAACUCCGACUUUGAUUCCCAAAUUAACAAUUUCAAACGAUCACCCGAUAUGCUCAACCUGUUGGCAGCUAUCACCAAUGGUCAUUUAAUUGUUACUAAUCAUUCUUCUCCGGAUUUCUCAAAUCUUCUGUCAGAUUUCUAUUCGAAAGGACCUGCUCAGAAUUUAGUUUUCUCAAAGACCUUCAGCAGUGGUCCAUUGCAGAGUAUUGGAUCUGUUGAUUACCAGUCAAUCACCAGCAAUAUUACCAUUUUCGCCUCUGCUACAGUCUUCAUCCAGAAGUCCGCAGAUAUUCAAUUCCGUCCACUUAAUCUGAAGUUCACAUCUCAAACUACUGGAAAUGCUAUACCUGUUACAAUGAACUACAUGCCCAACAGCAACUUGUACACUGCUGACUUUGUAUUAACUCCGGAUAAGUAUACGGUAUCUGCCCUAUUCUUCGAUUCUAACUCUCGCAUCGUCUCUCUUCGAUUAUGGAAUUCUGAAUUGAUGUUCACUGAUUUACAAAUGACCUAUAAGGAUUAUGAUGAGAAUACAAUUAGCUCUCCAGAUACUAACUUUGGAGCAGCAUUAAGAGCUCAAAUGGUGGGCGCCCAGACUAACAGUUUGAAGGUUACCUACUCUGAUUGCCGUUCGAAAGUCUUACAAACCUCAUAUUUCGAUGCUCAACAGAGUGUUGAUAUCAGUACUGAUUCCUUCAACUUCGUACCCUUGUUCUGCCAAAAGAGAGUUUCAACAGAAAUGUGUCCUCCAGGCACCGAGAGAAUUUACAACAUGCAGAUUUCAACUACUGAUGGAACAUUCAUAGGAACCAAAUCAUUCUAUUGCGAUGAUUCUACAACACCAUUUGACUGCUCUACAGUAGAUAGUAAUGGAAACUAUUUCUGUGAUACUCCCAUUGCUCCAUUCCUUAGAGGACCAGCUAAGAAGUUGUUAGAUUGUUCUGAUAAUGGAAAAUUGGUUUGGUCCGAAGAUGCACCAAGUGUUGGUUUAGGACACUAUAAAUGCAUAUGUAACGAUCCUGCACUUACUGGAUUAUCAUGUGAACACGGAACUUGUGAUGAUACUCCUCAACCAGGAAGUUUGGACAUUCAGUUCCGUACGUACACAGCCAUCAUUGCAUUCUUACCCGAUAACACCUUGACCAAAGCUGUAUUCUUGGAUGCUCUGCCAGUUCUUAGUGUGGAUGAAGCAACAACAAACAUCUGGCUUUAUCAAAUAUUGGUCUAUUGCACUAAUGGAGAUUAUUUCCCUGUCUACAUAGGAAAAGAUCCUAAAGAGUUUAAUGCUGCUUUGAAAUCUCCUGAUAACAAAAUCACUUGCGCAGGAUCCGCAUCUGAUUCAGGUGUACUUGACAUAUCGGAUGCUUUCCGAGUUUCCACCAGUUCCAUAGGAAAAGACCAAAAUGGAGUUGUUGUCUUGUACUAUGAGUCUGUAACGCCUUUGGAAAGUAUAAGCAUUGACAAUGAGAAGUUCUAUGAGAAUGCUCAGCAGUAUAGACAGAAAUUCUUUGUUUACAAUGCUAUAGAAAAUUCUGAUGAUGGCUUGAAAGUUGAUACACGACAAGAUAUUAUAACAGCUACCUUAGCCACAGGAGGAACUACAAUAAUUGAUGAUCUGCUGUUGAAUGAUGUUGAUCCAACUAUUCCACUAUUCCAAAGACUUAUCAAAGCUAAGACAUCUUUGAAUUAUCAUAACUUCAAUAAGGACGCCAUUACUGGCAUUCAAGCUAAUAUAGAAAGCGAAGCUUAUGUUAUCAUAGGUGGUAGUGCUUCUCAGGGAACUAUUGCCAGUGAUGCCGACAAUUAUAGUAUUUUCACAAAGAUAUCCAAGAUUACAUCAACACAGUUCGUAAAUCUAAAUACAAAUAACCCUGCGUCAUGGGCGUCUGUUGUUGUACUCGAUGGAGUGGCAAUACCUCAUGCUAUAUUGAAAGACAGAGCUGUAUCUGAUACGUGGAGUGCGGUAUCAGUAAGCCAAACAGAUGCACGAACUGUUUUGGGGAUAAAAACACCUGACGGAUAUACAUUGACGAACAGUCUGUACCCACAUUCCAGAAGAGCUUCUAGAACAUCCUGUAGUUUCGAUACUGUACUAUACCAACCAAUUACCUCGAUGCCAUUAGGAUAUUCGCAACAUGAGCUGACUUUGCUUUCCGCAGAUGGAAAAAACAAAAUCAAUAAGGUCUUCCCUAUCAUUACAUCAUCCUCAAGCGAUUGCAAGAACAAUGUAUCGGAUCAAAGCAAGGGAGCUUGCACAUGCCCAAACACAUUCACAGGACCUGACUGCAGCAGACUUGUAUGUGGUGAUCAUGGAUUGCUAUCCACAUGGGGAGGAGCAUGUAACUGCGAUGGAACCAUUGGCGGACGAUUCUGUAACUCUCAAGUUAACAGCUUCUUAUCCUUCUUUCGAUAA